GUAAUUCCUUGUUCUUAGUGUAAGUGUAGUGAAAAAGUGGCAAUUACAGAUAAUAAAAAAGAAUCAUUGUUAUAUGUCUGUGAUGAUAAUGAAUAUGUUCGUGAAAUUUAGCAGUGAUCGUAUUAUACUCCCUUUAGAGUUAGGUAUACUCUGUAGGUUGUGUUUACUUUUUUCUAAAUUGCUUUUUUUUUAAUAAUCAUUAAAUGACAACAAUUGAGUGAAAUAGGUUAUAUUUUUAUUUUAUAUCAACAUAGUUAAUUAUCAUAAAUCUUGUUAAGAAGUUGUGAUAUUAUUCAUAAGUAAUGUCUAACGUAUUUGGAUUAAUAGUGUCGGGCAGAUUGGUGCAAACAGAGUUCACUCCGCUGUCUGAGACGAGGUUCCUAAUCACAAUCCCCGAGGUGGAUUCGAUCAACCACGCAGUAGUGUUCCUAACUGGCCUCGCGCCUUUGCCGCUCGGCACUGCUGCAAUGGUUUAUUGGAGCUGGCCGGACCCGGCGGCUCCGCCGAACUGGCAACUCCUUGGCCACAUAUCAAAUAGCAAACCGUCAGCUAUUUUUAAAAUAUCGAACCUCAAGAAACUGCAUGAAUUAACUAAUGAGAAUAAAUUUAUGAGUGCCUUUGGUCAGCAGCAGAUCUGUCAUGAUGCUCAGAUCGGUAUAUCAAUUGAACCAGAAACAAAUGUUCAAUUACUCGCAUCAUCAGUUGCAGACCAAGCCAAUGACUACGUAACGUUUGCUCAAAAAAUGUUGGACAAUUUAGUGAACUUUGUGGCAUCGUUCUCGUUGACGCAGGAACAAAUGACGCCCACUCCGGGUAUCUCUUACAUCCCCCUCAGCACGCUGCACACGUGGUACCAAAACUUUGAGCGGCGGUUGCAGCAGAACCCUAACUUUUGGAGGAACUAACGCCAACUUACUUGAGAUUAAUAUUAAUUUUUUUAUUUGUUAUUUUUAAGUUAAAAGUUAAAUAUUUCCAUAAUGAAAUGUUAUAUUAUGUGAUAAAUCAAAUUAAGCACAUGAAUGAAUCUGAAAACAUAAUGUAACACUUGAAUGCGUUUGUCUGGAUAAUUAGUUACUAGGUGCUUAGUAAUUUGUGUUAGCAUACAGAGUGUGGUGGUGCCACUUUGUGACAGAUCGUGAUUAGACAGUUCAAAAGUUUACACUGUCUGUAUGUGUGUGUGAUCGGGCGAGUGUGCACACACCACUGGCCAGUCAUGUACAAAGAGUUUGCAAAUUGUAUAUAGACAGCAUUAUUAAACUUCUAAACUCUUUAAAUAGAAAGCAGCGCGACAACGCUGCUCCUUGUGUUAACCGUGUUGGGCCCUUUGUUCUUAAAAUGGUGCCACUAUGAAUCAUGCAGCAUGCUCGUCUGUCCCCCUGUGUUGUAAAAAAAAUUGAACUCCAAUGCAAUGUUUUUGACAUUGUUGCUCAUCUAAUAGGUGUAGUGCGCCUAAGUAUCUAGUUUGAUCUCUCUUCAUGGCUCGAAUACUUUUUAUAAAAGUACUAUUUUAGAAAUAUAGAAAAAAAAUAAGAUUAUUUAUUGUUAAAUUUAAUAAAUUACACACUUUUAAUGCAAGUUUAGUGAAUAAAACUGUAUAGUUUGGACAUAAAUGAGUUUGCUAAUGGUUUCCAUAAGCAAACUCACUUAUGUCCUCAUAUUCCUUCUCAGUUGUACGGGAUAGCUACAAAUAAAUACAGUUCUUGUUUUACUGAGUUUAGUAUAGUUAUUUAUUUGUUAAGCUAUCUGAUUUUUUGUUAUGAUACCUAGAAUAUUAAACUAGUUGACCGCCUACCUAAUGGAAAGCGGUAACUGUUACACGUAAACAGCACUAUGGAUAUUUCUGUGAUACCUACGAUAUCACAUGGUAUGGUAUUCUGUGAUAUCCAUGGUACCCUUCAUGCAUUACACAUUCCCGAGACUAUUGUAGUAUGCCUUCAUACCACUUUACGUGAUUCCGCUGCUUUUUUUAUACUACCGAUAUUUAUUUAGACAAAUGCAUUAGAAGUGAUUUGUAAUUAAUUUCGUAUUUAAUAGUUUAUCGAUUUCUCGAGAUGCUACACAAUGACUGAGCUCAGAAUGAUACAUCUCUUUAAUUUUCAACCCAGUCAUCAUUUGUGGAUCAUAUGCGUAUAGAUGGGACCUGCAAUAUAAAAAAUGAGUUAUCCAACGCCAAGAGUCGGAGAACAAAGCACAUUUUUCGGUGUUGCAAGUAAUAACUGUUAUAUUGUUUACGUUAACGUAUAACCUUGUUUACGUCAGUUAAUAAUAGAAAUCCAUUACCAAAACUACGUUUAUAUACUUUUGGUACUAUCUAAACGUAUAUGAUCUAUUAAAUCAAUAAUUAUACAAUUAAAAACAUUGGUUAAAACCAAACACAGCUAUGGCAGCCAUAUUGUUGCGUGUCUUACAUGUUCUUGGCCUUUGGUUUGGGAUAUAUUAAAUCACUUAAUAUUAUUUAUUAUAAAAUAAAUUAUGUAACAAAUUAUAAAAUUGUGUCCGAGCUGCAGUAGUAUUAUAUACUACACUUUUAAUAGUCAACAAAGACUGCUUAAUAAUAAUGUUUUUUUUUUUUUUAAUAAAAAAGAAAAUUGUAA